UGUGGGUAAAUCCGGACUGGGACCGGCGCGGGUUGUAGGGGAAGGGUUGCGGGUCAAGCCGGGGCUGGAGCGUUGCGGGUAGGGGCAGCGCUCGUCCGGGCGGUAGGGACGGGUUUGGGUCAGGAAGAGCUCUCGCCCCCCUGCCUCCCCCGGGGGGAGGAUCCCGAUCGCGGUUCUUCCUCCGGCAUUUCCUCCCGUGUUCCCUUGGCACCUCCGUGCGUUCACACCUCGCUCUCCCAGGAGAGCCGCCCCCUUGUUCCCCCCUUUCUCCCCCCCCCCUCACCUCGGGACAGGAGGGCUGUCGGUGUGAGGAGAAUCCGGGGAGCGGGGAGAGACGGCGAUCCCUCUCUCCUCCCCCCCGCAGCCGCCCCCGUGUCCAGCGGGGGAACGGGGAGCGUGGGGGCGGAGGGGGGGCCGGGGCUGUGGAGUACCCCGGCUGCCGGCCUGGGGGCCAUGGAGCAGGUCCAAAUGAUCAACAUCCAGCGGCUGCUGGAGGCGGCCGAGUAUCUGGAGCGAAGGGAGAGAGAGUGUGAACAUGGCUACGCCUCGACCUUCCCCUCAGUUCCAAGUCCUGGACUACAAGACCCAAAGCCUACUCGGAGGCUGAGCCGGGCAAGGAAACACAGCGGCAGUGGCAGCAAUGCAAGUAUUGCCAACAGGUCUACGCACAACGAACUAGAAAAGAACCGCCGAGCUCACCUGCGCCGCUGUCUGGAACGCUUAAAAGUUCUGAUACCACUGGGACCAGACUGCACCAGGCACACUACACUUGGGCUGCUCAACAAAGCCAAAGCGCAUAUCAAGAAACUUGAAGAGGCUGAGAGGAGAAGCCAGCACCAGCUUGAGAACCUGGAACGAGAACAAAGAUUCCUAAAGAGAAGACUGGAACAGCUACAGGGUCCUCAGGAGAUAGAGCGAAUACGAAUGGACAGCAUUGGAUCUACCAUUUCCUCGGAUCGCUCGGACUCAGAGCGAGAAGAGAUUGAAGUGGACGUUGAAAGCACAGAGUUCUCCCAUGGAGAAGUGGACAAUAUCAGCACAACCAGCAUCAGUGACAUUGAUGAUCACAGCAGCUUGCAGAGUAUCGGGAGUGACGAGGGUUACUCCAGCGCCAGUGUCAAGCUCUCCUUUGCUUCCUAGAACCAAGUGAGACAGCAGUGCAGGGUGAAUGAUUUCACUGGGGUGAUCAAACUGGGUUGUAGAUGCCAGUAUCCUCUUUCAGAAAUGACACAUUGACAGCUAGUCCUGGAGAGACCUGUAUAUAAAGCUUUUUGGGUAAAGGAAGUCUUCACAGAAACUCACCUGUUCAUUUAGUCAUGUUACCGAUCCCAAUUCCUGCUGGCAAAAAGUUAGAACAAACACAGUAGUCCUUCUGAAUUCAGUGAAAUCCAUUUGUUUCUGUGGGACCUGGAUCUAGACCCUAGAGAUGAAACACUUUGUUUUGAAUUUAUUUGUUUGAAAGAGGAUACUAUAGACUCGUCCCUCUCUUUCUGUCACAAGAUCUGAAAAAUGUCAGAAUUUCUUAUAUUGCAUUCAAGUUGAACAACCUAGUUUAGGCCCUUCUGAAGGGCUUUUGUCGUCCUGAAAGGACCGUGUCCUACACUUUAUUUAUCACAAUCCAAUGUUGUAUUAGGAAAUCUAAAAAGGCUUACAUAGCCUAGGAAUAACAAUGGCAGUAAUGAUUAACGUCUCAUUCUGUGCUCAGAGGGAGAGGGGCGGCAAAGAGAGAUGUUGAGGAGAGAACACCAUUCAGCUCAGCUUUCUGUUGGACAUCAUUUAAAAAGCAAGUACCUCUGAUGCCUGGCUAAAGCAAGAGGUACACACUUAGAAUCUACCAGCACAUCAUGGGCUGUGUCAUGCCUCAGGCUCUGACCCUGGCAGAAGAUCUGCUGAUAGAUGUGUGCUCACACGCAGGCACACAGCCAGCUGAGGACAGAAAGAAACCAGCACACAUGAGAGGUGAUACAUGCCGUACAGUUAUGCCCAGAUACUGAGCCACUAUGACCUUUUUAUUUGAAGAGAUUUUUUGAUAAACAUUUGUAAAUGUGUUGAGAGGGAAAACACCCCAAGUCUGAUGCGUCUUUUUAGAGCUUGUCCAUAUGAAACCUUAGAUGUCUUUUAUAUGAAUUUAUGCCAUGAAAAGAUCUCUGUUUUGAUGAAGCACUUGACACAAUGAAAUGCAAAGAUGCUUUUUGCCAUGCACACAAUGGAUGAAGGCUGUGCUAGCUGAAAGAGGCCAGGUUUGGUGAGGGUUUCUUUGGUUUUCUUUUUAGAAUCAUUCCCUUUCCUGACUUUUGAAGUUCCAGUCCAGUAGUUAACCUAGUUAAGCUCAGCACCUCUCUCAUGUUAAUGUAACGUUUUGACUGCACGUCCUGUUCCCAAGGGCCUUGCCAUCUUACCUGUGCAGGUGCUGUUAAGAGCUAUCAUAGCAAAUGUUUUCUAAUUUUCUUGGAGAUGAGCAUUCUAACCUGCACUUUGAGGGCUUUGCUUUUUUUAUUUUUGUCUUUUUAAUGGCCAGGAUUAUUUCGUUUUCCAAGUUUUAAAAACCUUAAUAGAGUCCUCGCCUGUGGCAUUGUUUGAAACUUUGUAUAUCCGUAAGUAAUUUAACUACCCCUCAUUACUAAGAAAAAAAAAAAAAGAUGAAAAAAUGCUUUAUAAAAUUCAUAACUUAUUGGUGAUUUGAAUGGGUUGUUAAUUUCAGUCCGUUAGAUUUUAUUUUAUUGUUUUAGGUAGGAUUGGGCAAAAAGAGGUAAAAUAAAAUAAAAAAUAAAGACAACCAUAUUUAGCAGUGCAGUGGAAUUGUGUUUAAAUGUUAGCAUAUGGUCCCCAUUAAAGUAGCACUUUAAUGCCAUUAAACAUUUCUGUAUCUAAAAU